GGAAUUGAUGAGCCAAGCAGCAAAAAUCUUGGGAUCAGUUGACUUCCUGGGCAAUCCAGUGGGGCUUUUGAAUGAUGUUUCUGAAGGAGUCUCUGGACUGAUUAAAUAUGGAAAUGUGGGUGGUCUGAUCAGGAAUGUUACUCAUGGAGUCUCCAAUUCAGCCGCAAAGUUUGCGGGGACAUUGUCAGAUGGCCUUGGAAAGACAAUGGACUUGCGGCAUCAGACUGAGAGAGAGUUUAUUCGAUAUCAGGCAGCAACUAGUGGGGAGCACUUUGUGGCUGGAAUCCAUGGAUUGGCUCACGGUAUCAUUGGUGGACUAACAAGUGUGAUCACCUCAACUGUGGAAGGUGUAAAAACAGAUGGUGGAGUCAGUGGUUUCAUAGCUGGUUUGGGAAGAGGACUGGUUGGAACAGUAACUAAGCCUGUAGCUGGAGCUUUGGAUUUUGCAUCAGAGACUGCACAGGCCGUGAGAGAGACAGCCAGCCUUAGUGGACACAGGUUACAGAAUCAGCGAGUGAGGAUGCCACGUUGCUGUCGAGGACCACAAGGUCUCUUGCCCCAAUAUUCAGACACUCAAGCUGAAGGGCAAGAACUUCUUUUCAAACUGACUGACAAUAUUCAGGCUGAAUUCUUCAUAGCAGUGGAGCAUAUUGACAGCUACUGUGUUGUCAUUUCAUCAGAGGCUGUGUAUUUCUUAAAGAACAAGGACUCAGUGGACAGAGAUGCAAUUUUCUUGGAAGUAAAGUAUGAUGACCUUUACCACUGCUUAGUCUCAAAGGAUCAUGGAAAAGUGUAUGUUCAGUUAACAAAAAAGGCAGUGAACACUGCCAGUGGUGUUGCAAUUCCUGGACCAUCACACCAGAAACCUAUGGUCCACGUGAAGUCAGAAUCUCUUGCAGUCAAGCUGUCUCAGGAAAUCAAUUAUGCAAAGAGUCUGUUCAGUGAACAGCACCUCAUGCUGAGACCUUUUGAGAAUGAACAUUCAGAUUUGUAGCCUUAGCGUCAUAUGUAAGCUGCUCUGUUGUGAUGGCCAAAUCAGUGGCGAAUACUGGACUUUGUCUGACCUUCAGCAUUAGUACAAAUAAUAACGGCAAAGCCAGAGAUCAUUGUCCUGAAACACAUCACAGCUUUUCGUUAAAGGUGUAAAUUACUGGGAGUAAAUCCACUGAUGCAAUGUUCUGAACUGUGGUAUUUAACUGAUUGUUCACAGUAGUUACCUCUGUGUGUAAAUAUGUGUACAUAUAUGUAUAUGUAAAACAUUUUAUACAUAAUUGAAUAAUGUUUACAUUAAAUUUAUCUUUCCUAAUUCCCAAAUGCUAUUAAGAAAGUCAUAUUGGGAGCCCUUUAUUUUGCUACUCUGUACUGUAUAUAAUUCAGUUUUGUUCAAAAUACUGUAAAUAUUAUACAGUGGAAGUCUGAACAGAAGAGUUAUAUGUAUAUUUCAAAAAACAAAUGCGUUGUAAAAAAUAAAAACAAAGUAAAUGUAUUAAAUAUAUUGCACUAAUUUUAUGCACAAAGUAGUUAAUUUUCAGGGUUUACGUGUAGUUAGUUAGGAUUUAGACUGUGUUAACUUUCUGUAAUAAAGCUAAACAUGGAACUACCCAGAAAAAUAAAAUGAUUAAGUCCUUGUAAAGCAUGGCCACAAGUGCCUUGAACAGCAUGCAAGUAGAAAGUUCUGUGUGGGGGAACUUCUGCCUGACAACGCAGACAGGCCUAAUGGUCAAAAUUCAUACAGUGCUGCCAGGACAGGGCGUGAGAGGCAGCAUCACAAUCAUGGCAGAGUGCUACAACGAACCUACAUGUUGUUGAUAUAAUUUAUAUGGUGCAUUUUAUGCUGACAUUUUGUCCUAGUGGCAUUCAUUCUUGCUGCAUGUACCUGUUUAUGAAGCGUGGCCCACAAACACGUGAUUUAAAGUCAUGUUAAGUGUUUCAAAAUGUUUAGAGUCUUUUACUGGGAAGUGAAUUGUAGGCUUUUUGGGGUUAAAACACCAAGUUUAUGCUCAUACUGUUCAAGUAAAUAAAUAUUGCACACCCACUAGUCAGUUUCACUACUCUGCCUUAUGCAGUCAACUUGUUUAGACGAACUAGCUGUCAUAUCCCUCUGUAUCAUGGAAAUGUGUAUGCCAUGUCAACACCAAACACAUUUUGGAGUUAGGAUGUUUGUCAUUUUCAUUGUUUUUCAGUGCAGCAUUUCCAGGCACAUUUUUUUCCUUUUGGCAGUCUGUAUUUAUGUUAAGCAUAUCCUGCUUUCUCCCUGCCUCAAAGGUGAAGUAUCUACAUUGAAACCUGUAAUGAGUGAGACCUACAUGAGGAAAGAACUGUGUAUCCAAACUUUAAAGAAGUGCUUUCUUGUUUGGAUUUAGUGGCCCAACUGUAGUGAGUUCAACUUUCACAGUCAGCUUAAUUUUCUGUUAAGUACUAAAUUUGCCUUUUGGUUUUCAGGAAUUUGAUUUGAAAAGCAGAAGCUUGAAUUGCCCACACUUAUAUUGCAAAAUUUCAGAGAAUUUAGAAAACUAAAACUUAGGCUGUGGUAUGUUGCUUCCUUGGAAUGUGGUAACUAUGAGAGGCUUAUUCGUUAAUUGUGUAUCUAAUGCACCUUGUUAGUAACCAUAUGCAGUACAUUUGUACGAAAAAAAAUGUACAUUUAGCAUACAUUUCCCAAUGUAUUUUGAAUAAUAAAUGCAGUUUUUGGCUUUAAGUCUGGACUAAA